ACACACACUUACAGCCAGCCGGGCCACUCUGCGCCCAGCACACACUCACAGCUGGCAGCUGUGCUCAUGCCACCCUAGUGCGCCUGAGGAAUCAAUGUGUGGCAGUGGUAACGGACACUCCUGGAUCCAGUUUUCCUUUCAGGACAAUGGUUGGGGAGUAUUGCUUGCUCAGAAACUAGUCAGAAAAUGUGAUGUUUUAAAUCGUGGACUGUCAGGCUACAAUACCAGAUGGGCUAACAUAAUUCUUCCCAGAUUGAUCAGCAAAAGUUCUGAUGCUGAAAAUACUAUUGCAGUUACUAUCUUCUUUGGUGCUAAUGACAGUGCUUUAAAAGAUGUGAAUCCCAACCAACACAUUCCAUUGAAGGAAUAUGCUGAUAAUUUAAAAAGCAUGGUUCGAUAUCUGAAGUCCUUAGGUAUUACUGAAGACAAAAUUAUUUUGAUAACACCACCCCCUGUCUAUGAGCCAGCAUGGGAAAAAGAGUGUAUUGCCAAAGGUGACAAAUUAAACCGAUUCAAUUCUGCCACAGGAGAAUAUGCCAAAACAUGUGUUCAAGCCGCAAGAGACUGUGGGACUGAGGUACUUGAUCUGUGGACUCUUAUGCAAAAGAAUAAUCAGGACUUCUCUUCCUAUCUAUCAGAUGGACUUCAUUUAUCAGUAGUAGGAAAUAAUUUUUUAGCUGCUCAGCUUUGGCCCCUGUUGGAAAAGAAGAUUUCUGCAUUACCUAUUCUGCUUCCUUAUUGGCGUGAUGUAGACCCUCUGAAUCCUGAAGUUAGCCUUUGUAGGAAAUUCUAAGCAGUCACAUAUUGACCAGGUCUGUUGACAGACAAGAGAAAAUGUGCAUCCAGCAAAAUACUAUUUUUCUUAGAGAAAAGAUAUUCUGUCUCAAAUGUUAUGUUUUAUGGAAAAAUAAAGUUACAUUUAUACCUUU